CCAAGAUAUUAUCUUCUCCCCACCUAGUUGAGGUAGCCUAAACUUUCUCGUUGUACACUGACAUUUUAACCUAAUCAACCUAUUAGAUAGGUUAAAGGCUACAGACAGAGAGCGCCAGUCACCAUCUCUUCUAGGCUUUAAAGGCACACAUCCUUCCACCUGACGUCACAUUAUCAAAGGUACGAAGAGCCUGCCACGUUAUAGCUCGUAUCUAAGGACGUUCCUGAGGGGAGGGUACAGUGAGGUUGCUCUGUCUGCAGUCAUGCACCACAGCGAAGCACAGCAGGACAGCAUGCUCUUCGAGACACACAACGGAAACCGGCUUUUGAAACGUGCCUGAGGAUACAACGCAAACGGAUAACCUGUAGAGACGAACCAUUGUAAAUGGGCAUGGUGCUUUUGGGGACAGGUGCAGGAAUACAGAGUUAAGGAACAAAGCUUUUCUGUGGAAGAAGAUGCUGACAGACAUGAUUGUUGAGGAGGAAUUCGAAAUUAAAGAAGAGGAACCUUGGUUCGACCACACGGAUCUCGAGCAUGAUCUUCAUUUGGCGGCUGAGUUGGGCAAGACCCUCCUUGAUCGUAAUCGGGAGCUGGAGGAUGGCCUUCAGCAGAUGUAUACCACCAACCAGGAGCAGCUGCAAGAGAUAGAGUACCUCUCCAAGCAGGUGGACCUCCUGCGGUCUGUGAAUGAUCAGCAUGCCAAGGUGUAUGAACAGCUGGACAACAUGGCGCGAGACCUGGAGCAGAGCAACCACAGGCUGGUGAUGGACAACCGAGCGGCCCAGCACAAGAGCCAAGGACUCACAGAUACCAUCGAGGGGCUGCAGAAACAGGUGGACGACCUCCAGAGGCAGGUGGUGGACCUAAGUGCAUCCACCGCAGAGAUGAGCGAACUGCAGCGACGGUCCAGCUCCAGGAGCCUGGGCUCAGGGAAAGAGCGUGGAGGUUCCUGGCAGUAUUCCCACAGUGCCUCUGACGACGACGAUGAUGUCUGCUGCAGGGCUGAAGACGACCCUGAGCAAGAGGAAGAGUACGAGACGUUGGUGAACUCGAUGCAGGCGCUGCAGGCCCAGCUGUCGGCAGAACGUUCGCGGCGCGAGGGGGCCGAGCGGGAUGCGGACGCCCUGGCGCGGGAGUGCAGUGAGCUGGAGCUGCGCUUGUCUCUGCUGGAGGGCUGCCGGGCGCGGCUGGCAGAGGCCGAGGCUGAGGCGACCGAGCUGCGGGAGCUGUGGCGCAGCGACGGGGCCCGCAACGGCGCCGCCGGACGGCUCCUGCCCGACACCCUCUUCCUUCUGCCCGGGCCCCUGAGGGAGAGGGGCGAGGGGUGCCUGCGGGGCAUCCAGAACAGGCUGAAGCGAUGCAGUAGCGAGAAGCAGCUGAGGGUGUCCGAGGAGGGGGACGGGGACGGGGAGGAUGAGGGCAUUGUGGAGGUGGAGGGCGGUGGCUGCUGCAGGCAUGAGCGAGCCUGCCUGGGCCGGUCGGAGGUGGUGAAGCAGCGCGGCAUCUCCCUGCUCAACGAGGUGGACGCCCAGUACAGCGCCCUGCAGAUCAAGUACGACACCCUGCUGAGGAGGUGCCAGGGGGGGCCGCAAUUGCCUAGCCACAAUGCUGUGCAGACACCAACCGGCACCAACGCUUCCUCCAGCGCCACAACAAAAACAACAACAACAACCACCACCACCGUCGACGACGCCUCUGCUGUGCUCAGUACCCACUCUGUCGCAGUGGGGGUCGAGGAGGAUGCACAGCUGCCCGAGUACAAGGUGCUCUUCCACGAGAUCUUCAAGUGCAUCCAGAAGUCCAAGGCAGACGUACUGGAGAACAGAGCCAAUGCUGGCCAUGUUGAGUGAGGCAGGUGCUAAGCAGCCAGUGAAGAACAUUCACUGUGUCUUAUCAGACUGAGUGCUUGGCUGAAGUCCUGAGGCAAUUGAGUUGUUCAGAUAUGGUGGGAGCCGCAAGUACAGCAUUUUCUGAACCAGCCAAAAAAAAAAUGAUUUUGAAAAAUGCUCCUAUGCACUUUUAACACCAGUGCCUACUUAUAGACCGCAACUCAGUUAUCCUGCCUUCUCCAAAGUGUUUGAAAUAAACAAACAAACAUACAAACCUCAGCUAUGCUCCCUUUGUAGAAUUGCACUUUUUAAGACUAGUUAGAGCUCAGUAGAAUAGGAGGUCUCGGAUCCAUUGAGCCAUGUACAAGCUAGCAUGUUUAAUUGAAUUUGACUUUUUGCUGUUGUGGAUGCCUUCUGGCGAUGAACAGCUUGUUCAUGGACUCCGUGUUAAAACAUGUGAAUGGAUUGGCUUAGCAAUGUUUCAUAUUUAACCGCAAUCUAUAAGUUUUGAGUCUGUACAGCACCGAGGGGUAGCUUACGGUUUGGUAUUGGGAUUGGUUUUUUCCCCCUAAUGUUUGGCUUUAGGGAUCUGAGACGCUUGUUAGCGUUCACUUAAAUAUUAAUGUUUUGGUGCUCAGCAAGUUCUUAUCAAAGUACACUGGAUCAGAUCUCAGCAAGUUAUAAUCAAAGUACGCUGGAUCAGAUGUCAGGUGAGCUUGAUUAAAGUCUAGUUUAUGGUGGCAAACACACCCUUGUUCUAACAUUGCAGUUGACUUUGGAAGCACGGAGCUGAAGAAUAUUGCCAUAGCCAUCAACUCAGUAGUGGAACUGGAUCUUGACACAUUCAGGAGAUUAUUUAUGUCAUGACACUGUCAUAUUCCAUGAGUUUGUCAAUAUUUAUGUCAAUUCUACUGCUUAUUAAAAUGCUGUAGCAUUACACUGGUUUUCAAUGCACUUAAAGAUUACAGGGUUUUUGUUUGUAUGAGUUUCUGUGUAUAAAUGUUCCCUUGUCCUUCAGAUGCUCCUUCAAAAUUGUGAAUGUAUGUCUAAUUAUAAUGCUUAAUGCACAGGAUGCACAGCUGUUUCUAUGACUUAAAAUAGGUAACUGUUCACAGUAUGAUAUUGUAUGACACUCUAUUGUCUGUCUGAAUGUGUCAGUUAUAUAAUAUAAAAAAAAACUUGUUUCACUGGAA